GAUUUUGGUCUCGCCAAAGAGUAUAUUGACUUAGAUACGAAUAAACACAUACCAUAUCGAGAGCAUAAGUCGCUGACGGGCACGGCGCGGUACAUGUCGAUCAACACCCACAUGGGCAAGGAGCAGUCCCGGCGCGACGAUCUGGAGGCGCUCGGGCACAUGUUUAUGUAUUUCUUAAGAGGUUCACUGCCAUGGCAAGGUCUGAAAGCCGACACACUCAAAGAGCGAUACCAAAAAAUUGGUGACACGAAGCGGGCGACACCGAUCGAAGUACUAUGCGAAGGACACCCGGAGGAAUUUGCGCACUACCUGCGCUACGUGCGGCGGCUAGACUUUUUUGAAACACCUGAUUACGAUCACUUACGGAGAUUAUUUCUAGAUUUAUUCUAUUUUAAGGGUUACGUAGACGACGGUGAAUUCGAUUGGACCGGAAAGACGAUGCCGGCCAAUUUUCAAACCAUGCGUCAACUGCGAAAUGCUCCACCCUCCCAUAUCGUGAAAACCAAAUCGGCAAAGUCAACGCCCGUUGGAUCGCUCCAGACUGGUCACGAGGUAGUCGUAUCACCAAACAGAGAAAGACACACACCUGUAAAUAAGGAAGGAGACCUUUUCAGUUACUACGACGAAGAGCUGGACGAUGCAACGUUGCAGAUCUUUGACCAACAGCAGCAGACGAAUUCGAAGGGAGGUGUCGCCGCUUGGCCGGAUGUGCCCAAACAGACGGGAACGCUGGGCAACUUGACGCCGGCCGACCGACAUGGUUCAGUUCAGGUCGUAAGUUCUACCAACGGAGAAUUGAAUGCCGAUGAUCCAACUGCUGGACAUUCGAACACACCCAUCACGCAGCAGCCGGAAGUGGAACUGGUCGAUGAAACAAAAUGUUGUUGUUUCUUUAAACGAAAGAAGAAGAAAUCGACCCGUCAAAAAUGACUAGAAGCAGUGCAAUGUAGUCCGGAACGUGAGGCAGUCAAGCUGCUACGUGCAACGUCACACUCAAACUCGCGCGACAGCGUGCUAAAUCCGAGUCAGGAUUACAUCCAGGCGUCGUCGCAGCCUACGAUCAGAUAUCCAUCCACCUCUGUACUGGCAUCGACACCGACAGCUCAGACGCCGACACUUCCAUUGUAAUUUAUUGCUAACUAUUACGAUACUAAUCCAGUUUAAUAAUUAAUUAAUUAUUAAAUUAUUUAUUAUAAUUUACCGCGCGGUGUUACAUCCCAACGUGUUGUUGUACCAACAAAAAAAAUUAACACACACACCACAAUCCAAAAAAAAAACACGCUAAUCGAAUGAAAACAAAACUUGAACAAACUCAACCCAACAACAAAAAAAAUCACUGGUAACAACAUCAUCUUCCCCGCUCAAUGAACGACAACAUCAAUGUGAAUGUGGUGGUACCGACUACGCCCCUCCCCGCGAAAACAAACACAAAAAAUGAACAAAUACACCAUUGAAACGUUGUGUAUCCAAUAACACUUUGUUUAUGAUGCGUGUGUGCGUGUGUGCCCGUGUGUUCACACUUCUACAACCCCCCCUCACACUUUGAUCGGAUCGGAUUGCGCCGUCUCGUCCCGUGCCCGCCCGCCGUGGUCCCGCCCUCCCCACAUCUUUUCGUCGCUACACAAUCGCUGGAAUCGCGUCGAAUAACAAAUAUUGCCAAAACCCUGAUACGAUAAAUCUUUCGAAAUCAUCUCGGAAUGCGUUUGACCUUUUGACUGAUAUGUAAUUAACGUGUGACUUUUGCAAAACAAUUUCUACUGCUACAACGACACUCACAACACAUCACAAAACUUAUCCCCUUUCUGGACCUUGCACCCGACUAUCGGAAUUCGCAAUAAAACAGUGACUUUGAUGAUGAUAUCGACUUUGACCCGGAUGACCUUACGAUCCUCUUGCACUUUUUCCGCAAACUCUGAGAUCAACUUCCGAUCCGGUCUUCCUCGAAAGUGGAAAGAGCGGAUCCGGCAGCCGACCUCCACUACUAUCAUCACUUCUACAUAAACUUCUACUACUACUCUUAUCACUACUAGUACUACACCCACUACUACAUGCUAUAUCAGUAGCUCUAGUACACCCACACAAUUACAAGACCACCAUAUCAGCGCAUUCUGCCACCAAUUUGAAUGAAUCACUGCUACUAGUUCUUCUACUACUACCACUUACAAGCCAUCACCAAAGUACAACACUGAAUACCAAAAAGAAAACAAAAACGAAAACCCCUAGCAGCAGACUUUCUUAGGCAAACUUUUUUCCGAGAAGACACGUAAACAUAUUUUCUACGAAACUAUUUUCCCCCUUACAAAUUCCUCUCUUUUAGUACUUUAUAACCAAUCUAGGCUAGAUAGCAAACAGCUGAGGCAAAUCGCUAGUUAAUAAAAGCAGGACAAAACUAAGAGAAAAAAAAACAACAAAUAAUCCCCCUCCUAGUUUAGCAAAACAGAACAAAAAUAUGUUGUGUAGCUUCUUCCAUCUCCCUCUGUCUUGAAAAACAACGACACUACUCUACUGUACUAUCUAACUAUCUAUUUCAUGCACACGCGCGUGCCCUUAGCUCCUUUUUGCUAGAUUGUAUGUCUUUCAAGCGAGUCGCUUGCCAGAAGAGCAGUACUAGAACACAUAACAGCGGGGCGCUAUUGGUUGAAAAAUUUGCUUCAGAGUACAGUGUUUAUGUUUUCCCGCCUGGAUUUGAGUACUUAAAUUUGAAAAACAUUAAAAAAACAACAAACAACGCCCCUCGAAAUGCGAAUGUUUUCUAGAUCACACCUCUUGUGCAAUCGAUUCACACCUACCUAUAAAAACCACCACACAUACACACAACAUUGCCCGUUGUUGCCCUCGGUGCAUCAUAUCAAAAGGUCCCACGUGUGAAGAAUUAUUGCGACGCGACCGCCCCACCGUCGGCUAUCUUUCGUCGUUUAACGUCGUCCGCAGCUGUGAGAAUUUGCUCGGGAAAUGGCCGAGUGGCUUUGAGAAUCUAUGGAAUUCGUCUAAGUGUUUGAUUUGUGAACAAAAAAUUAGUUCAUUCUAGUACUACGACAAUUUACAAAAAAUGUUAUGGUUGCAUAUUUUCCUUAAAACAAAUCUGAAUUUUUGUUUAUUCAAUCAAGUUUUUUAAUUCAACGAAAAACUGUUGUUUUAUUCUAGGGACUUUCAAAACUCUUGCCAUUUCCUAAGCAAAUCGGUCGAUCGGUAAUUGUCGUCGUGCUCUAUUUCAUGUGCUGCUUACGUUAGCUCACUAAUGUCCAGUGUCUCGUUAACAUUGGCAGCAGACUAAAAGUUGAAGCCCGCCCAAUCGACUCCCUGGUCCGACAUAAUUUUUCCUCCGUGUGGUUCCUCGGGUUCAUGAAUGAAACACUAAAAACGAGCUUAUCCAAUGACACUCAAAGAAAAUCGUGAACAUCUCAUCUGCUGCUUGUGUAAGAGAGAUUCUAAACGAGACGAAUGCAGGAAAACUAAUUUAGAAAUAAAGGAAAAAUUUUGACAUUUCGGACAAAAUCUAGAAUCAUCUAGUACUACUAUUAUCAUCAAUAAUCGUCGUCGAAAACACGCUUCUAAAAAGAUUUAUUUGUAUUCCGUUAGGUUGGAAGUCGCGUCGACCAACACAUUCAAUCGGGAGUGGGUAUAUGAAGUACUUUAUGAAUGCUAGUACUACACUUUUAAAACUUCCAAACAUGAGUCGUCUCCCCUAAAACAAACGAGUAGAUCUUCUGGUAUUUUCCUCAUCCUAGUGCCAGUGAGUUUUUAAAAAAUGUACUUUAAUCCGGACGUCGAAAUCCUUUUAGACAGUUUUUUAUUUUUCAAAAUAAAAAGGUACCAGAUUGAGUGCUUUGCACGCUUGAAGCCGAAAUUUUGGAUCGCGUGCUUGCUUCGAAAUGACAGGAGCCUACCAUUGAUGCAUUUAUCGUGUGCGAUGUAACUUUUCUCCCCCUUCAACAUUAAGUAGGUUCGAGCUCGCUUCGAAACUACCCACCGGGUCGCGAGUUGAUCUAGUACUACACUGGUAAAUCACAGACGGAAGAAAAAGCAAUAGGAAAAACCUAUUUGUAACGAAAAAAACAAACUAUGAAAAAAAAAACAAAAAAAAAAAGUACGGUCACACACACGUUGGAAACCAUUCUACUAUUGCAAUUCAAGUCAUUUCGUAAAUCAGGAAUUUUUGCGAGAAAGUAUGCAGAAGAGAGUAAGAGAUAAAAAGGUAGAAAGAGUGAGGCAGCAUUAGGUUUCUUUUUAAUGAGUUUGAAAACAAACACAGUUACUAAUCGCGUGUUCAGUAGUGCGGAAGACAAACCCACAAAAGCGAACGCGAACGUUUUUUUUCGUUUUCAGUACUCUGGAGGUACUAGUUUAAGGGUAGAACUGAAAAAGGUGUGAUCCCAUCAAAACGGACACGAAACAGACAGAGCGAAAGUGAGUGAGCGAGUGAGUGAGUGCCAAUUCCGGAUGCACGAAACUAUUGAAUGAAUGAAACUUCAGAACGAUUCACUGCGUUACGUGUUUGGAAGUUAUUUUCAUUUUGAUUUUUUUUUCGUUGCGAUUUCGUUGAUUUUUUGCGUACGUAUCAAAGGAAACUAAAGUAAUGGAACUAAGAAAAAAAAAACGAAAGGUUAGCAAAAAUGUAUAAAUAGGAAAAAAGAAGGAAACGAAAAGACGAUUAACGAACGUUGAAGCCAAAACUUGGAGCUGGAGAAGAAAUGAAGAAGAAGAAAAACAACUAUGAACGUAGUAGAAAGAGCAUCAAUCGCUAAAAACCGAAAGGACUUUGUUGAUUUUUUCUUUUCUUUUUUCGUUUAAUCUAAUUGUGAUAUAAAUAGUUUCUUUUUGUAUAGUGUAUAUUUUACCAUGUAUCAAAUAAGUGUAUUUAAACUAGCGCCAGGAAGCGAUACUAGAACAAGAAACAAGAGCGAGAGAGUUAGGAAGCGCGCGUAAGAGAAAGUGUGGAAACGAGUGUAUGAGAUAAGGGAAGGCGCAUAACAAAAUCGCAAGACAGUCAGAAGAGAGUGCGAGAGAAGAAAAAACACGCAAGUAAGCAAGAAAUAAAACUACUAGACAUUAGCAAAAAUGAGCAAAGA